AUGAAUAACUCUCCUCUCUUGGCCAUCAUCGCCUUACACAUUCCUGCUGAGCUGACCCGACUGCUCUAUGCCUGCGCAAAACAUGAACGAUCUGUCGAAGAUGAUCAGCAGCUCUUGCAUGUGUCGACAUUUGGUUUUAACAGGGGUAUCAAUUAG